AUGAUGUCGCGGCGUUUGAAGCAGAAGCUGAAUACCGGCUCUGGCGUGUCCUUCGACUCCUUUGAUCUCCAUCCGAACACGCUGCGUGGACUUCAGGAAGCUUUCCGGUUUGCGGAAGCAACCCCGGUCCAGGCAGAGGUGCUUCCAGAACUCCUCGCAUCGGAUGCCAAAGGAACGGAUUUCGUCAUCAACGCUCGUACAGGCACUGGCAAGACCCUUGUCUACCUGAUCCCUGCUGUCGAGCAUCUUCUUAAGAAUCCGCCUCCUGGAAUCGGAGUGCUCAUCGCGGCGCCCUCGCGCGAGCUGGUGAUACAAAUAACCAGGGAUGCUGAGACAUUGUGCUCCUACCACAAACUGCAGCUUGCCAAGGAGCAGGUGGUGCCCAUCAUUGGUGGCGUGGCGCGGGCAAAGGAUGAGGCGGCCAUACGACGACGACGGCCGGCCAUUCUUGUGGGCACAUUAGCGAAGCUCGUAGAGCAUUUCGAGGCCACCUCACGCUUUGAGACCCUUUUCGAAGCUUUGUCCAUACUGGUGCUGGAUGAGUGCGACCGGCUCUUGCACGAAGAGAGCCUGCCGGCAUUUCUUGCAUACUUGCCAAAGCAUCCGCAGCGGCAAGCAAUGCUGGCGUCUGCGACCAUAUCUGACGAGGUGAAGCAGCUCUACGCACGCUUCUGCCGACCCGGCUUUCGUCAGCUGAACUGCAUCAGAGGCAUACCGACGCACGAGGCGGUGGAGCAAUCGGUGGCAUUUGCGCCACCUCUCCUGCUUGGCACGGCUCUUCGGAAUGCCCUGGAUCAGGAGAUCCGUGACAACCCGCUUUCCCACAAGGUCCUAGUCUUCUUCCCGACAUCACGAUUCGCUACAUUUGCGGCGCAACUCUUCCGAGAACAGCUUGGGAUGAGGAUAUUAGAGCUUCACAACCGCGUGAACCCGAAUGCGCGCCUGAUGUCGCACACAGAGUUCAAUGAGAGCCGAGCUGCUGUGCUCUUCACGACGAUGGCCUCAGAGAGGGGCAUGGACUACCCCGAUGUUACCCUGGUGCUCAACGUCAUGGCCCCCGGAGACCGCGAUCAGUACAUACACCGGGUGGGGCGCACUGCCCGUCGGGGGAAAGAGGGCAAAGCUUUGACUUUGCUCUUAGACCAAGAGGAGUCGCUCCUUGGCGGCGGUCAAGGGGGCUUUGGAAGGUGUAGAGGUGGGACAUUUUCGUAUUAA